CGAAAGUGGAGUGAAACUCAGGAGCUGAAAAACAGAGUCACAGUGAGAGAAUGGGGAAUUCUCUCCUGAGAGAACUCAGUUGCCUGAGAAACAAUCAAAAGAAGCUCAAGAAUGUAAACCAACAUGUGGAAAGAAAAUGGCAGGAAAUGGGUACACUUGAGAGAGAAAAUCGAGUUCAAGAUAAGAAAAGCAAAGAAGUUUUAUCUGCUUCUAAUCAGGAACAUGAGAAUGGCAGUGGUUCUGAGGAAGUGUGCUACACUGUCAUUAGUCACAGUUCCUAUCGGAGGCCCUCCCUGAGCUCCAACGAUGAUGGUUAUGAGAAUAUCGACUCCACCACAAAGACAGUGAAGCCAUUUAGAAAUGGGCCAGAAACAGAAUAUGCCCUUCUCAAGAGGACUUGUGUUACUAGGCCUUCUUCCAGUACCGCUGACCAUGAUUAUGAACUUGUGCUUCCCCACUAGAAAUCUCAUGCUUCCACUAACAAAGUCUGUAUAGCCUAGUGGCCUCCAAGGGAGUGUUUCUCCAUCUCUGAAACAUGACAUCUCUGUGAUUUGAGUUAAGCCAUACGAAGUGACAUAAAGGUAUAGAGUAUUUCACAUUUCUUUGUAAGGUUUGAGGGCAUGGAGAUGGUGGAACCUUCCUAGGGCAAUGAAUACCCAUAGAUAUAUGACCUAACAUCCAAUUCCAACACUGCUCUCCAA